UGUUGCCAGCUUGCCACACCACAGUUGAGUUCAUUCAUCGCGCAUCGCGGCCUGUAGCCUGUAGUGUAGGCGCCUGGUGCUGUGUCUCGUGUCGUGUCUGUCAUACAGUACAAGCUGUAACACACAAACAGUGACAGAGUAGUAGCAGUAGGGAAUUAUUUAUCAGUUGAACUGCUAAACAAAUUAUGAUAUGAUUCUUUUCUCGCUGUUUUUGAAUGUAAUGUAAGUUUUGGUAGUUUCAGUAAGACAUCAGAUCAGUGCUAAUGCUAAACAAUUUAGUCAAAUUGAGUUUUGUAGUGACGAUUUUCAUUUUGAUUUUCCUUCAGGUUGAAGCAUUUAUGAACAAUUGGUGAAAAUGGACAAACGAUUGAAACGAAUGAGUGGAGCGGCUGGCAGAAAAGCAAGAAAAGAGAAAGAAGAAGCUGUGUUGAAGAAAGUUCGAAGAAUGGAGACAUUUUAUAAACCAAUAGAAAAACCUGAAUCUGAUACAACAGGUAAUGUUAGUUCAGUACUACUGUCUACAUCGCUCGAAUUGCCAAGUACUUCUGCUGCCACAAUACCAUCACCAUCAGCCACUGUAGUUUUAAAACAUCAGCUUCAGCCUGAAGUUGAUCAACUUGAACGAGAAGAGCUGCAAGGAAAUAUUCUUGACAGGGGAGAUCAGCGAGAUGAAUUAGAAAAGUCGUCUUGUGCAGUUAGUAACGAUCCAGCAGAAUGGGUCAUCAAUGAUGCUACAAUUGAUUAUCUGAUCUCCAGAGGUAGUAUCGAUCAGAAUUUAAAUGCUGAUUUUCCCGAAACAAAAAAAUUUUUUCCAACCCAGAAAAAAUUCAGAAGCCUAACUAGGAAUAUGUUCUUGCGUGAACUUCAGAAUGGUGAAAAACAAGUAGGAAAAUAUUUGAUAUACUCACCUAGCAAAAAAUCAGUAUAUUGUAUACCUUGUCGACUAUUUAAUGGCACUUCUGUCUUGGCUACAAGUGAUGGCUGAUUGGUCCAAUGCACAUCCUGUAUUUUCUCAUCAUGACAAUUCUCCAGAGCAUUAUAAAUGUGGAAAACUUCUUUUUGAAAGAUCUCGCGUUGCUAGUAGAAUUGACAAUCAACUUUAUGAGCAAAUUGAGCAGGAAAUCAGUUACUGGAGAAAUGUCUUGAAGCGAGUUGUGGCAGUUGUUAAAAAACUAAGCUCACGUUGCCUUCCUUUUAGAGGAUCAGAAGAAAAAUUUGGGAGCGUUCACAAUGGAAAUUAUAUGAUGUGCUUAGAGUUAAUAGCUGAGUUUGAUCCUUUUUUAGCCAAACAUAUUACAGAGUGUGGAAAUCCAGGCAGUGGAAGAACUUCAUAUCUUUCUUCUCAAAUAUGUAACGAAUUUAUUUCAUUAAUGUCGAAAAAAGUUACUGAGGUCAUAACUCAUGAAGUGAAGAAAAGCAAAUAUUUUUCAAUAAUUGUCGACUCAACACCAGAUAUAAGUCAUACUGACCAACUUUCAGUAAUUUUGAGGUAUGUCAAAAAUGUUCCUGUUGAAAGAUUUAUUCGAUUUCUACCAAAUGUCGGUCAUAAGGCCAAAUAAAUGGCGGAUGCUGUGAUUCUAAUUCUGGAAUCAAUGGAGUUGGACAUAAAAAAUUGCGUUGGACAAUCAUAUGAUAAUGCCACCAACAUGUCCGGCAUUUAUUCUGGCCUGCAAGCUAUAAUUCUCGAGUUGUGUGGUCUGGCUGAGUAUGUACCUUGUUCUGGACAUUCAUUGAAUCUUGUGGGAGCAGCUGCAGCUGAAUCGCAUCUACAGCUAGGUGGG